ACCACGGUCAGCUCUCAGCGCGCGCCGCUCUCAUUGUCAGUAUAUUGUCAGUAGGCUACCGUUCGCUACUAAAUUGAAAGACUGCCGGAGGAAAGCAGAAAAACAGCAGCCGCGAAUCGUUUUACGACCCUCCCCGUGUUAUCUUCCAUUAAACCCCGUUAUGGUAAACGGAGAGUUAAACGAAGAAAACACGUAAGCAGCAACAAUUUAAUUCGGUGGAAGACUACUGGCUGUUGGAGCAGCUUUUUCACUCGCGCUGAGGGUAACAAGAACUUACGUUGAAAUGUUGGACCCAUCAUCCAGCGAGGAGGAGGCGGAGGAGGUUGUGGAAGAAGAGCGCAAAGUGGUGGCGGCGCCCAAGGCUGGUGGUCCUCGGGUGUCUCCAAGCAGGACCAGCGAAAGCUCCGGUGGGUUGCAGCCAAGCCGAAGCACCAAUGCCCGUCCAACGAGCCCGAGCCCCUCAGUUGCGAUCGAUAAGGAAAAGGAUGAUUUGGAAAAGAUGCAAAGGGAGGAAGAGGAGAGAAAGAAGAGGCUCCAGCUUUACGUCUUUGUGAUGCGCUGUAUUGCCUAUCCGUUUAACGCGAAGCAGCCGACCGACAUGGCGAGACGACAGCAAAAGAUAAGCAAGCAGCACCUUCAGACUGUGAAAGAUCGUUUCCUGGCCUUCCUGAAUGGAGAGACUCAGAUUGUAGCCGACGAGGCCUUCAUCAAUGCUGUCCAAAGCUACUAUGAGAUUUUCCUUAAAAGCGACCGUGUAUCACGCAUGGUCCAAAGCGGCGGUUGCUCGGCCAGUGACUCCCGUGAGGUCUUCAAGAAGCAUAUUGAGAAGCGUGUCCGCAGCCUGCCCGAGAUCGAUGGUUUGAGCAAGGAGACGGUCCUCAGCUCAUGGAUUGCCAAGUUUGAUACCAUCUACAGGGGAGAGGAAGACCCACGCAAGCAACAGCAGCGCAUGACAGCCAGCGCUGCCUCUGAGCUCAUUCUCAGCAAGGACCAGCUGUAUGAGAUGUUCCAACAGAUUCUUGGAAUUAAGAAGUUCGAGCACCAGCUGCUGUAUAAUGCUUGUCAGCUGGAUAAUCUUGAUGAACAGGCUGCCCAGAUAAGAAGAGAGCUGGAUGGACGACUCCAAAUGGCUGAUCAGUUCACAAAAGCUGGCAGGUUCCCUAAGUUUGUGUCCAGGGACAUGGAGGCCAUGUACAUUGAGGAGCUGAAGUCUUCAGUGAACUUGCUGAUGGCCAAUCUGGAGAGCAUGCCAGUGUCUAAAGGUGGAGAGUUCAAACUACAGAAGCUCAAGAGAGGCCACAACACCUCCAUCAUUGACAUGGGCCAAGAGGACGAGAAUCAGCUCUCCAAGUCUGACGUAGUUUUGUCUUUCACUCUGGAGGUGGUGAUUAUGGAGGUACAAGGUCUGAAGUCUUUAGCUCCUAACCGGAUUGUUUACUGUACCAUGGAGGUGGAAGGUGGACAGAAACUUCAGACUGACCAAGCAGAGGCUUCCAAACCAACGUGGGGUACACAAGGAGACUUCACCACCACUCACCCACUUCCAGCUGUAAAGGUGAAACUCUUCACGGAGAGUACAGGAGUGCUGGCACUGGAGGACAAAGAGCUAGGACGGGUUGUGCUACAUCCAACACCCAACAGUCCCAAACAGUGUGAGCUCCAUAAAAUGACUGUUGCCAAAGGUUGCCCAGACGACCUAAAGAUCAAAUUGGCUGUCCGUAUGGACAAACCACAAAACAUGAAGCACUGCGGAUACCUUUGGGUUAUUGGGAAAAACCUGUGGAAAAGAUGGAAGAAGAGAUUCUUUGUCUUGGUGCAGGUGAGCCAAUACACCUUUGCCAUGUGUAGCUACAGAGAGAAGAAAGCAGAACCUGUUGAACUUCUCCAACUGGAUGGAUACACUGUGGAUUACACCGACCCUCAGCCAGGUCUGGAUGGAGGUCGGACGUUCUUCAACGCUGUGAAGGAGGGAGACACUGUGAUCUUUGCCAGUGAUGAUGAGCAAGACCGAAUCCUGUGGGUUCAGGCCAUGUAUCGUGCCACGGGCCAGUCCCACAAACCCAUCCCCCCGACCCAGGUGCAGAAACUCAACGCCAAAGGAGGGACAGCACCACAGCUUGAUGCUCCCAUCUCUCAGUUCUAUGCAGACCGAGCACAGAAACAUGGAAUGGACGAGUUCAUCUCCGCUAACCCCUGCAAUUUUGACCACUCUUCGCUGUUUGAGAUGGUUCAGCGGUUGACUCUGGACCACAGACUCAACGAUUCAUACUCCUGCUUGGGUUGGUUCAGUCCAGGCCAGGUGUUUGUGUUAGAUGAGUACUGCGCCAGGUACGGGGUGCGGGGGUGUCACAGGCACCUGUGUUACCUGAGUGACCUGCUGGAGAGGGCAGAGAAAGGCUCCAUGAUCGACCCCACACUACUCCACUACAGCUUUGCCUUCUGCGCCUCUCACGUACAUGGCAACAGCCAAAGAGUGAUUGAGUUACUAAAAUGGCCCGUGUCAGAGACCGAGCUGCUUAGUUCUCUGUUUCCCUCCCCCCCUGAGCCCUUGACCCCCUCUAAGAAAGAGAACAAAAUCAUGGAGGUCUGGAGAAAAAGGGAGUCUAAGUCGCAGGUGCUCACAGGCUCCAAAAGGCCUGAUGGAAUCGGUACUGUCUCAGUAGAAGAGAAGGAACAUUUCGAGGAGAUCAAAGAACGACUGCGCGUGCUGCUGGAAAACCAGAUCACACACUUCAGGUAUUGCUUUCCAUUUGGACGCCCAGAAGGAGCCUUAAAAGCCACGUUGUCUCUGCUUGAGAGGGUCUUAAUGAAGGACAUUGUGACACCUGUACCUCAGGACGAGGUGAAGGCAGUGAUCCGUAAAUGUCUGGAGCAGGCAGCUUUAGUGAACUACCAACGUCUCUCAGAAUAUGCCAAGGUGGAAGGGAAAAAGAGAGAAAUGUAUGAGCAUCCUGUCUUCUGUUUGGCGUCACAAGUGAUGGAUUUAACCAUUCAAAAUGUAGGACGCUUAGUCACCCCUGCCAAAAAGCUUGAGGACACGCUCCGUCUGGCCGAGCUGGUCAUAGAGGUGCUCCAGCAGAAUGAGGAACAUCAUGCAGAGGCUACAAGCACAAGUACGGGAGGUCAGGCGGCAUUUGCAUGGUGGUCAGAUCUGAUGGUUGAACAUGCCGAGACGUUUCUGUCUCUGUAUGCGGUGGACAUGGAUGCGGCAUUGGAGGUUCAACCCCCAGACAGCUGGGACAGCUUCCCUCUCUUUCAGCUGCUCAAUGACUUCCUGCGCAUUGACUAUAAUCUAUGUAAUGGGAAGUUUCAUAAGCACCUGCAAGACCUGUUUGCCCCUCUGGUGGUGAGGUAUGUGGAUCUAAUGGAGUCCUCCAUAGCUCAGUCCAUACACAGAGGAUUUGAACGAGAGUCUUGGGAACCAGUCAAGAGUUUAACAAGUAAUCUGCCCUGUGUCAACCUACCAAAUGUGAAUCUUCAAAUGCCUAAAGUACCAAAUCUACCAGUGUCAGUUAAUCUGCGACCAAUGCAAAUGCCUAGCUUUUCCACCCCCAACUGGAUACCGGGUUUAUCUGAAACUGAUAAUGGUUCUGGGACUUCAGAGGACUUGUUUUGGAAACUGGAUGCACUGCAAACAUUCAUAAGAGACCUGCACUGGCCAGAAGAAGAGUUUGCCAAACACCUGGAGAGCCGACUGAAACUCAUGUCCAGUGACAUGAUUGAGUCCUGUGUAAAAAGAACCAGAGCAGCCUUCGAGGUGAAGUUGCAGAAGAGCCCCCGCACCACAGACUUCCGUGUUCCUCAGUCCAUAUGCACCAUGUUCAAUGUCAUGGUGGACGCCAAGGCCCAAUCCGCCAAACUAUGUGCCAUGGAGCUCAGCCAAGAGUUUGUUAGAGAAUGGAGACAGUACCACUCGCAAAUUGACGAUCUCAUCGAGGAGACGGUGAAAGAAAUGAUUACUUUACUCGUGGCAAAGUUUGUUGUAAUCCUAGAGAGUGUUCUGGCAAAGUUGUCACGUUAUGAUGAGGGCACACUUUUUUCCUCCUUCCUGUCAUUUACAGUAAAAGCUGCUUCGAAAUAUGUGGAUGUUCCUAAACCUGGAAUGGAUGUUGCUGACAGCUAUGUGACAUUCGUUCGCCAUUCUCAGGAUGUCUUGCGGGAUAAGGUCAAUGAGGAGAUAUAUAUAGAAAGGUUAUUUGAUCAAUGGUACACCAGCACAAUGAAUCUCCUGGGCACCUGGCUGAUAGACCGUAUGGACCUGCAGUUGCAUCUAUAUCAGCUGAAAAUCCUCAUCAGAAUUGUAAAGAAAAAGUAUCGUGAUUUCCGACUACAAGGUGUAUUGGACUCUACUCUGAACAGCAAGAUGUAUGAGACGGUGAGAAACAGGCUGAUUCUAGAAGAGGCUACAGCGUCUGUAAGAGAGGGAGGGAUGCAAGGCAUAUCCAUGAAGGACAGCGAUGAGGAAGAUGACUAGAUCCUGCUGGAAACAAUUAGGUGUGGACAAUUCGGCCUAAAAUGAUGCAUGUACACCACUGUCCAUCACCCGUACAUGUCCGGAUGUUGUUAACGUCAUGGUCUAUGACAGACAAGGGACCAUCUUCAAUCAAAUAAAAAUACAAAUAUAUGAAUCUCUAUUCAGAUGACAAAAAUAAAAGCGUAUAUUAACCUAAACAUAAAAUUAAUUGAGGGUUUUUGGGGGGAAAGAUAAGCAAAAAUGUCUGAAAAUCAUACCUAAAUGUUUCUAAGCAAUAUGGAGUACCAUUUGUAAACAAUGUUGUGUGAGAUGGUAAGGAAUAAUGCUCGUCGUGUCCCUGUUCAAUGCAAAUCCAUAUGGCGCUUCUUAAACGUAUUGUAAAUACAUUCAUGUUAUAUAAUUGUGCAUAGACCUCUUACUUGUUUCUUUUGGAGUGUAGGCCAACUGACAUGAUUGUAUUAACUUGUUCAGAUGUUUGUAUAUUCAGCUCACUUUAACAACAAACCACAAUGUGUUUUACACCCAAAAUGUUUUGAGACCUUUUUUUAUUGAGUUGGUUAUGGUGAUUUGUAUGUAGCUGUAUUUUAGAGAU